AUUGAGAAGCAGUGGCGUCCUCUGGUUACUAUAGGAGACCACAGCGCUUUGUUGAGCUCUAAAGAGCAUCUGCACAUUCCAGAGCUGAGGGGUCGUGUUGAUCCAGAGCCUACCCAGAAUUCUAAGGCGCAAAGCUGCAAUACCCCUUAAACAGUGUGCCAGUCCAGUUUGUCCCAGCUGUCCUUUAGUCAUGGCCACCAUGAGCAUGAAGCCCGGUCUUCGCUGCAGAGUGCCUGACUGGGAGAACAGCAACAAACUGAUAUCAGACACUGCAGAGCACCGGCGACACGUAUCACACGAGAUACGACAAGAGGGCAGAGCUCUGCGGAACGAGACGGCCAACAAGACAAGCUGGGAUGAGUAUGACAGCAGUCGUCGUCUGAACGACAGGAUCAGUGACGUCACACGAUGGAAGAAGAGCUUGGAGGCCUGUGUGCAAGAUGUGAAUGCAGAGAUAGAUGCUCUCACACAAGCAAAGGAAGAAACAGAGCGUGCCCUGGCAGCCACGGUGCUGCCUCUGGAGGUGACGGCCGAGUGCCAGACCCUGAGAGAGGGCCGCCGGGGCAGCGAGCUGGUUAGUGACCCAGUUGAGGCCGAGCUGAAGAAGGAAGUGGACGUGAUUGAUGGGGCACAGCGGGUCCUGCAGCAGCUUAUUGACCAAUCAUUUGAACAGCUGUGUUUACUACAGGAAGCUCACCACCAACUCACCCUUGACCUCCAGCACAAAACAGAAGCUUUGGACGUGGACAUGUCCUGCCUCUCGCUCACGGUCACAUCCCCCGAAAUCUCCCUGAAGCCCAAUCCCAUCAGAGUUCCUCCAGGAUCCACCACCCCUCAGCAGUGGGAGCAGUUCAGCCACCACAAUGUCAUCCGAGCCAAGGAAGAGAUGCAGACUUCUCUACAGCUGAGGGAGAAUAUCAGUAUCACCAGAGCACAGGUGCAGAAUGAGCUGGAGGCUCAACGCAUAGCCACAGAAUUUGCCCUUCGUAAGCGCACUCACCAUAUGGAACAGGCCCUUCAGGAGGUUCAGUGGCAGCUGAAAACUACGCAGGACGAGAUUACUGAGAUGGAGAGAGACAUCCGUGGACUGGAGAGGGACAUGCAGGCUAAGAUGGCUCCUCUGAAGUUGGUACACACUCGUCUGGAGAACCGGACCAAGCGGCCUGGCGUGGAUCUGUGCCGAGACGAGGUGCAGUUUGGGCUGGUUGAGGAGGCCAAACAGCUGGAUUCUACCAUUCAGACACUUAAGCAGAAACUUGCUCAGGCUCUGGAUUCCUUGCAGUCUCUGCAGCAUCAUGAAGCUCAGAUGCUGGAGGAUCUCUCUCGUAAACAGGAGGCCCUGGCCCUGGAGCAGCGCACCGCGCAGACUCGCACCCGUCUGUCUCUCACUGGCCAAAGUGCUACUAUGUCCAUGGCGGCGGAUCCCCUAACCAGCACUGGAGGCAGGCUCAAACUGCAGCAGGCCUGAGCUAAUCAUUCACACUCUUUAACAGCUUAACCUUUCAUUGGCUCAUCAAAUGUUCACACAUAAAUACAUUUUCUAGCCAUAUAAUGUAUAUCUAUAUAUCAUGGGUGUUAAGCCUGCCCAUACUUGGUUGUUAUGACUGCGGACUUUUAUUCUAAACAACCAGCAGUUAACCUGAUUCCAAAGGUUUAGGAGUAAAUACAAACAGCAGUUUUUUUAAAUUAUGAUUUCAUUUAAUAUUAGAAUUCUGGCCCUUUGUGCAAAAAAGUAAUUCUCCCUAUAAAAUAAACUGUGAUUAACUAAAUUUUUUUUAGAAAGAUGAGUUCAAUUUUACUACUAACCACAACCAGUCCUGAUUACUGCUAGACCUGUAGAAUCAAGAAAUCACCUAAAUAGAUCCUGUCUGACAACAUGAAGCAGCUAAAAGAUCUCAAAAAAGCAACACAUUCUGAUCUGAACUUGAUAUGAGAAAAUAAAUUAAUUGGCAUCAAUUAGACUACAAAAGGGCAUGGACAACUUAUCCAGGAGGUAACUAUAGAACUCA